CGCACUGGUACGAGUAUAGUUUAACAAAAACAAUGAUCAGUAUAAUCUUCCGCCAACUUUUGUCGGCUUCCAAGAAUGGGAAUUUUCCUGGUCAAUAUACGCGCUGAGCCAAACCUCAGUUCUGUUCUUCCCAUCUCCUGUUGCCCAUCGUUGAACUUAGGGAUCUCAUUUGCCUUGGUCUUAUCAUCAUAACAUUAACUCAACCGGUGGACUUUCUAACUUAAAAGCGAUUUUCUUGGGGGUUUUGGGGAAGGGAUCGUUGGAUUGAUCCAUUAUCUUGGAGCUUUUCUCGCACUGCAAUUCCAUAUUUGGAUUUUGAUUCGAAAGCAGACAUUCAUGAGAAAGGGUUCAUUUCAUUUAUGUUUCUUUCCCUUUGUGAGUGUAGUUGACCACUAAAUUCGAGUUUUGGAUGAAAUAUAGUAGUGAAUAACUAAGAAUUCAGACUGUUAGUAUAGAAUUGCGGCAUCUGCAAGUGUUUUUUGUUGGAUAGGUGCUUCUCUUUGGUGAUUAUCCUCGCGGAGAGUUCUCUGUGGAAAUUAUUAAAGAGGUUUUGAGGUUCUUGGGGUUGAUGUUUUGGGAUGAUCGAUGAAAAAAUAAAUACACUGAGAGGGUUUUGGAAACCAAUUCAAUCAAGACCUAAUGUGUACUAAUCGCGUUCUUUUAUUAGUUAUAUCUGUGAUUCUGCUUGUGACUGCGAAAGGAAGUUGCCAUGAGAAGAACAUCAGGAGGCCGGAAGAGCAUAUUUUGUUCACUCUAAUCAACUCAAGGGAUAUACACCACAGCGGGGCCGAGCUAGUAUGGCUAAAUUGCGGGAUAGAGUUGACACAGGCAGAGGAAGCAGUUGAAGACCAUGAAUUUUCGGUCCUAGAGGAAUCAUUUACAGGAAAUAUUGAUAUUAGCUCUAGAAGUAGGCACCCAGCCAAAAGAGAUUCGACGGAAUUUGAAAGUCUUGUACAUCCAUUCAUAAAACAAACCCUUCUGGAUUGUUUAAAAAAGAAGCAUCUCAGUUUUCUAGUCUCUGGGGAGGAAAAACGUUCAAAAAAUUGGUUUGCACGGUGUUUGGAUUUUCUGUUUGCUUGGCUUGAUGGCACUCCGAGGCGACGUGAAUUAGUUCAAAAUUAUGGAGAAGCACCAGCACCAUCUCCAGUAGUGGCCUCAUUUGGUGCAGCCGCUUCAAGUUCUAUAGCUUCUAUCACUCCACCACCUGCUCAGGCUCUUGUAGUCCCAUUCUUUCAGCCAAUUUCUAGAAACUCAAGCUUGCAACCUGUAGUUAGUGGGUCUUCGAGUUCAGGUCCACCUUCGAAAAAACAAAACAACCACAGAACUGUGGCCAUUGCUGUUUCUGUGACUGCGGCACUGACAUUUUUUGUAGUUUCUCUACUGUUUAUAUGUUGUUACAAGGUUUGCUUGAGUGGGUCCGGAAGGAGACGUAAUGAUGAAAGACCUCUCUUAUGCUUGAGCUUAAGUGACUAUUCUAUUGGAAAUUCAUUGAAUGAUGAAAAAUCUAGUAAUCAUUCGUCUAAACGCCAAUCUGGUGGGAAUUACUACAUGAAUCACCAGUUCAGUGGCAGUAUCUUCAUGGGACCACAGGCAUCCAAUAUAUCUAAAAUGGAAGUUCUUGUAGGAGCAGUCUCGAGUGCUGCUGUCACCUCGAUUGAGGUCUCUGCACCUGAAAACCUGGGCAUAGCUGGGCUGCCUCCGCUAAAGCCUCCCCCUGGUAGGGUGAAUCCCCAUGUGCCCCUACCUCAGGUCCAAUCAACCCCUUCAGCUUCCCCCUCUCUGGCUAACACAGAUCGUCUGCAUCCUUCAUCUCUAGCUAAAUCACCUUCUCCACCUUCACCUCCCCCUGCUCCAGCUAAGGAAGGUGCCCCUCCUCCACCUCCUUUACCACCAAGGCCUUCCACUGGUGGCACACGUGUUUCCCCACCUGGACCACCACCUCCACCUCCUGUUCAUUCUGGCAAGGCUGGUCCACGUCCACCACCACCUCCUCCUAUGGGCUUGAAGCCGCCUCAACAAUCAGAUGUUCGACCAGGUCAUUCUUCAACGGGUGCCACUGAAGAGGGAGGACAGGAUGGCCCAAAAACAAAGCUGAAGCCUUUCUUCUGGGACAAGGUCCUAGCAAACCCCGAUCACUCAAUGGUUUGGCAUCAGAUAAAAUCAGGAUCCUUCCAGUUUAGUGAAGAGAUGAUAGAGAGUCUGUUUGGUUAUGCCCAUGUGGAUAAAAACAAGGAGACCAAUAAAUUCUCUCCUUUGCAAGACACUCCUAAUCACCUUAUCCAAAUUAUUGAUCAAAAGAAGGCACAGAACUUAGCAAUCAUUCUAAAAGCUUUAAAUGUGACAACUGAAGAAGUUUGUGAUGCUCUUAAAGAAGGAAAUGAGCUUCCAGCAGAAUUGCUUCAGACUUUGCUGAAGAUGGCACCGACAUCUGAAGAAGAGCUGAAGCUGAGAGUCUUUAAUGGAGAGCUUUCUCAACUUGGGAAUGCCGAGCGGUUUCUCAAAGUAUUAGUUGACAUUCCAUUUGCCUUCAAGAGGCUAGAAUCAUUGCUUUUUAUGUGCACUCUACAGGAGGAAGUGUCAAUGGUUAAAGAAUCCUUUGCUACCUUGGAGGCUGCCUGCACUGAGCUCCGGAAAAGCAGGCUAUUUCUCAAACUGCUAGAAGCAGUUCUAAAAACUGGAAACCGCAUGAAUGAUGGGACCUACCGUGGUGGUGCCCAAGCUUUCAAACUUGACACAUUACUAAAACUAUCAGACGUGAAAGGUACGGAUGGGAAGACCACACUUUUACACUUUGUUGUUCAGGAGAUAAUCCGCUCUGAAGGGUUACGGUCAGCUGCCCAUGCAGCCAAGGAACCAAAGGAUUCCAAACAGUCCCACCAUCAGAUCCUUGGUCUACAAGCCGUGUCAGGUCUGGGGAACGAGCUUGAGCAUGUCAAGAAUGCCGCAGUUCUUGACGCAGGUAGCUUGAUAGGAACAGUAUCCAAGCUUAGCCAUGGCUUGGCAAACAUGAAGGAUUUCCUGAGUUCGGUGAUGGACAACUUGUACGAGGAAGAUGGGUUUCUCCGCACAAUAAAGAAUUUCGUGCAGAAUGCUGAAGUUGAGAUCGCAUGGUUGGUUGAAGAAGAGAAGCGAAUCAUGUCCCUAAUUAAGAGCACGGGUGAUUACUUCCAUGGAAAUGCUGGCAAGGAUGAAGGGUUGCGGUUAUUUGUCAUAGUUCGGGAUUUUCUGGUAGUACUUGACAAGGUAUGCAGAGAAGUUGGAGCCACACAAAAGAGGCCUCAAUUGACACCCGGACCCCAACAAUCUUCCCCCGAUCAUCGGCAUAAACUUUUUCCAGCAAUCACUGACAACAGACGAUACGAUGAUCUUUCCAGUUCUGAUGGCGAGGCGUAGUUGUUUUGAUUGAUUCUUUUUUAAUCAUUUUUCUCCAAAUGUGUUGUCUUCGUUUCGUUUGAAUUAAGUAGGUGCAGAGCUAUGAAGAUUGGUACAGUCUGUGUUGAGAGAGUUUGAAGUCUGUGCAGGUAGUGAAACUUCAAUGAAAUAGGUAAGUAAAUUCAAUUCACAUAUAUUCUCUUCAUUGUAAUUUUUACAGUAAUAUGUUUCCUUUGAAUUGCUUUUCUGUAUUUAAUCACAAGCAACCUGGCUAUUAUUUAACAUUCAUAGCUAUGUUUUACAGUAGUGCAGUAAUAGUCCUCCCUAAAAUGAAGUUUAUGCUCUCAU